AUGGUCAACCUCACCUACGGCAUCCUGAUACCCAACCCAGAUGGGACAUAUACCAUGGACAUCAAGGGCACAGACAUCAUCUCGACACUCAAGGGCGAGACUUCGGUCUAUGACCCAGGAGACAUUGCGUGGGUCUUGACAUGCGCUGCCUUGAUUAUUCUCAUGCUUCCCGGACUUGGUUACCUCUACUCUGGUCUCUCAAGAAGGAAGAAUGCACUGCAGCUCCUCUUCCUGUCCAUGGUGUCGCUCGCCAUUGUCUCGUUCCAGUGGUUCUUUAUCGGAUACUCGCUCGUGUUUAGCGAGACGGGAGGCAAGUUCUUUGGUGACGGUCGCAAUGUCGGCUUCCGUCGUGUUCUCGAGCGCCCCAUUCCCGAGUCCAACGGCCGCCUCCCUGAGAUUGUCUUUGCCACCUACCAGAUGAUGUUCGCCAACCUCGUGCCCGCAGUGCUUCUCGGUGCCGCGGCUGAGCGCUCUCGCACCUUGCCCGCCAUGAUCUUCAUCUUCUGCUGGACCACUCUUGUGUACGACAUGCUUGCCCACUGGAUCUGGAGUGUCAACGGCUGGGCCAACACCUGGGGUGUCCUCGACUACGCCGGUGGCGUUCCCGUCGAGAUCGCUUCGGGUGUCGGCGGCCUUGCCUACUCGUACUUUAUCGGAAAGCGUCGCGGUUACGGUACCGAGCGCGUCAUGUUCAAGCCUUCCAACGUGUCGUCGAUUACUCUUGGUACCGUCCUUCUUUGGGUCGGCUGGAUGGGCUUCAACGGCGGCUCGUGCUUUGCUGCUUCGCUCAAGGCCGCCAUGGCCGUCUUUGUGACCAACCUUGCUGGUGCGGUCGGUGCCAUCACCUGGCUCAUUAUGGACUUCCGUCUUGAGCGCAAGUGGUCCAUGGUUGGUUUCUGCACCGGUGCCAUUGCCGGCCUGGUCGCCAUCACCCCCGCCGCUGGAUACGUCGGUGCCCCCGCUGGCGCCCUCAUUGGCCUCGUUUCCGCCGUUGUUUCCAACUUGGCGACCCGCCUCAAGGCCUCGAUGCGCGUCGACGACCCGAUGGAUAUCUUCGCUGUCCACGCCCUUGCCGGUGUUGUCGGCUGCCUCAUGACUGGUAUCUUUGCCCAGUCGUCCGUCGCCGCCAACGACGGCUUCUCGGUGAUUGACGGUGGAUGGCUCAACGGUCACUGGGUCCAGUUUGCCAAGCAGCUUGCCUGGGUUGCUGUUGGUUUCGCCUGGACGUUUGUGGUCACCAUCCUCAUCAUGUUCUUCAUCAACCUCAUCCCCGGCUGCAAGUUCCGCGCGUCCGAGGAGGCCGAGAUUGUCGGUAUGGACGAGGUCGAGCACGACGAGUACAUUGCCGACUACGCCUUCUUCCGCCGUGACCUCGAGGGCAACGGACCCAUGCGCCCCGAGCACUGGAUCGUCCACGAGGACACCCUUGAGCGCCGCCGCUCGCGCCGCGACCCCAGCGAGGCGCGCGGACGCUCCCGCCAGCCCGCCCGCGACCUGCACGACUUGCACGAGUCGCACGAGGAGACGGGUUCCGAAGCCGGCCCCACCGCCGCUCCCUCAUCCGACUCGAGCACUGCCGAUGAGAAUGAGAAGACGGCUCGGGAUCCUGCCCACGUUGUUGCCGUUCCCGCCAGCAUUGAACACGAGAAGACCGUGUCGCAUCCAGCAUACACCAGCUAG